AUGGAAACCAUUGAAUUUCUCAACCUUACCAGCCGGCGAAAUCUGAAAUCGCAAAUCGGUUGGCAGGUGGCACAGCGGAUGCGGCAAUGGUCAGAGGAUUUGGACAACCGCCGCGUGCAGCUCUAUGUGCAGCUGCAGGGCGAUGCACUGAGGGUGGACGAGGAGGUGGCAGAGCUUCUGCGGGCACGCGCCGACGAGGCGGAAAGGAAACGCCACGAGUGGAUUCACAUGGAGCGUCUAAAGCGGGAGGAGGCCGAGCAGGAGCUGCUGAAAGUGAAGCAACAACAGCGGGAAAUCGAGAACUCCGAGGCGCAUCGUCACAUGCAAACCAAACAAAUCCUGUUGGAGAGCAAGCAGGCACAGCUCCAGCAGAUUGAGGAUCGACGGGCUCUUAAGCGUCGCCAGGCCUGCGUGGAGAUCCUCUGGCAGCGGGUGUGGCAGCGUCUGGACGAGAGCCGGGCCCGGCAGGAGCAGUACGAGCAGCAGCUGCGACGCCUCAUCGAGGGCCAGUGUCAGGCUGAGAAUCUGGCCAGGGAUCAGCAGCAGAAGGCUCAGCUCUGUCAGCAAGUGCUCGCCGAGCAGCACGCCUGCUCCGAGGCCCUGGAUGUGGCUGCCGUUAAUGAUGCGAGGAGGAAGGAAAUGGAAGUGCAGCAGCAUCAGGCCAAUCGUCGCAAACAAUUCACUGAUCUUCAGGAUCAAAUCCAGCUGAAUCUGAAGCUUGCCGCCAGCCAGGCAGAGGCCAACCACCGCGAGGAUGUCGGCUACAACAUACGCGAGGAUCGACAGAUUUACGAGGAGCUCAUGCAGAAACACUGCGCCAGGGCGCGCAAUCGUGAUUGGCACCAGCAAUACAUGACGCACACGGCCGCGGAGCGUGCUGCCCGUCGCCAGAGUGAGCAAGAGCGGGAACGGGAUUACCUGGGCACUGGGUGUGUGCUCGGCCAGCAGCAGAAGCAGCCAUAUGGCAGAGCAGUUCGCUGAGCCAUCACCAUUGAUGCAUACACAUG